AUGGCAUCAAAAUCCCAUCUUUCUCUCUUCACAAUCACCCUCUUCCUCAUCCUCCUUUCUCUCCUGUCAUCCCAUGCAACCUCAUCCGAAACCCACAGCCGAAAAACAACAUCACCAUUCGAGUUCCUUGAGCAUCUCAAGGGAUGCCACAAGGGUGACAAGGUUCAAGGCAUCCAAGACCUCAAAAAAUACCUCGGAAAAUUUGGUUACUUAAGCAGCAACAAUAAUGGCCACUUCAACGAUGAUGAUUUUGACGACCAAUUGGAGUCAGCCAUCAAAACAUACCAACUCAAUUACCACCUCAAAGCCACUGGAACAUUGGAUGCUGAAACUGUAUCCAAUAUGAUGAUGCCACGUUGCGGUGUCGCAGAUAUCAUCAAUGGUACCUCCUCCAUGCGAUCAGGCAAACAAAGGCACCCUCACCACCAUCACCACAAAGGACACACAGUUGCUCAUUAUACUUUCUUCCGAGGAAACCCAAAAUGGCCGGCCUCCAAGUAUCACCUCACCUAUGCUUUUCUUCAAGGCACCCCAGCUGAGGCCACGGGACCAGUUGCACGUGCUUUUCAAACAUGGGCCGCCAGCACACACUUCACCUUCAGCCAGAGCAAUCAGAACCCCGAUCUGACAGUGAGUUUUCACAGGGGUAAUCAUGGAGACGGAGCUCCCUUUGACGGGCCAGGAGGGACCAUAGCCCAUGCAUUUGCGCCAACAAACGGGAGAUUUCACUACGACGCUGAUGAGCGGUAUUCUGUGGGAGCCGUGAGUGGUGCUUAUGACUUGGAGACUGUGGCUUUGCAUGAAAUAGGGCACCUUCUUGGGCUUGGGCACAGCUCUGUUCAGGGAGCUAUUAUGUACCCGACUAUAAGCCCUGGAGUGACCAAAGGUUUGCAUGGGGAUGAUAUUCAAGGAAUUAAAGCUUUAUACAACGCUUGA